CUUCUCUAUAAGGAAAUUAAGGUAGCUAAGGUUUCUGGCAUCAUGAUUAAACAUCGAUCUUAAUACGGAUUGUAUCGUGUCAAAUCGUUCUCAUACAUAAAGUAGGUUCUCCAGAUACGAAAAAAACAGAUUUUUUAUCACGUUUGCCUAGGACAAAAAAGCUCCAGCAAGAAGUCUGUAAUGAACAGUUUACCAUUUACACGCUGAGAGGAUUAUAUAAUUUAUUAUUUCUAUAAUGGGCUUCCAAAGGAAAUUAUCAUUUAGUUUUAUAUUGUACAUAAUCGCCAUUGCAUUAGAAGGUACGUUGAGUCAAACCAGCACAGAAACUAAGAUUUCUACAUUACGGCAAAUGAUCAUUUCAAAUGAAACAAUAUAUGUAGGAGGUGUUGGAGGUAUUGUGUCUCUUCAUAGAGAAAACAUGACGGAAAAGGCAUCUGACAUUAAUUAUUCAAACGUUUGGUUACUGUUAUAUGAUAAGGAAAAGGAAGAAAUUAUACAGUGUAACGAAAAUUAUGAUAAUGUGAGCCACUGUUCGAAACUUGAUGUAUUUUUACAAAACACUGGAAUCGAAAGGACCGAUAUAUCGGUCGAUUUAAGAUAUCUACCGACUUACAAUAUGAUCUAUGUAAACGAAGUAAACACAAGCAUUGUUGUAAUAGGUGCAAACUCUGCAGAAGUACUGAACACAUCGUAUGGAAUUUUGUCUUUUAACUUGACAAAUUUUACCUUGUCUAAUACUGAACAAAAUCGAAGAGGACCAAUGAAUAUUGAACGUGCUGAUGAAGAAAACUUAACCCUUGCAUUCAAGUCAUCUUUUUAUCGUGCACCACAUUUUUACUUCUUUUUUCAAGUGCACGCAAAUAAUCAGUUCGAAUUGUCAAGAAUCGGCAAACUUUGUUUGCAAUACAAAACUUAUAACGAAAGAGAUGGAUACAAUCAUUCCUAUGAAGAUAUGAAUAUAAUGUGUACAUAUAAUGGAACUACUUUGACAAAGAUUGAUUAUGUAUUAGAUGGUGGAGAAUUCGCUAUAUUUCAUUUCCUUCAUAACAAUUAUAGUGUUAUUUGUGCUCAUUCAUGGACCGAUAUAGAAAAGGAUUAUAAAAAAUCCAGGAAGUUGCAGUUACUGUGUAGGAACAUUUCGAACUCUGAAAAAGAUGGGGAAUAUUUCGAACCAGACACUUACCUUGGGCAACGUGGUCAGGAACAUUGCUUCAAUAAUGAAACCUAUUGCGAUAAGGGAGAUGUAGCUUGUGGAAAUCUUGAAGGUGAUAUUUGUAAUAUAACAUAUCAUCAUACUCUAGUCGGUGGAAAAGGAAUUGAAAACAUGGAUGCUAUUUUCGACAUCAACAAAACAAUUACAGCCUUGGCCAUUCUUCAAACCAACAAGUACUCAGUACUAUAUUUUGGAACAAUAGAUGGUCAACUUGGCAUGGUUUAUUUAAAUCUUGGUCGAAAGCAUGAAAGCUACAGAAAACCACUUUUGUCAAUAGCCAACUCGACGAUUAUUAAUAUUAAAGUUGAAAAGGACGGUGUAUAUUUUAUAACUGAAAGAAAGAUAAAUAAAACGGAUUUUGAAGAUUGUUCAAUACACAAGAACUGUGAAUCUUGUGUGGAUUCCUUUAAUUCAUAUUGUGGAUGGGAUUAUGCUGAAAACAGGUGCAAUAUCCAUAAUCCAAAUUCAACAGUGUGGAUUCUAUCAGCAGAAGGGUUUUGCAUACAGUUCAGCAACAUAUCUCAUCGUAUAAAGAUCAAUACUGAGGAUAAUACCAAUAUUACUUUUGACAUCCUGAUCCCUUCUGGUACUAUUGUGAACAAUAGAGAGGGGAACUUCAGAUGUAGAAUAAACGAAACAGAUGCCAUUGGAACAGUUAAUAACAGAAUGAGGAACUUAUGUAACAUAAACAUCACAAGAUUGCACUCAGAUAACUAUACAUUUGAAAUAACAUACGAGGAAGUGAUGAUUGCAAGCUCCACUAUUGAAUUUUACAAGUGUCAACAUUUUAAAAAAUGUAAGGAAUGUACAAAAAGACCAGCGUGUUAUUGGGAUCCGAUAUUUUUUUCUUGUGGUAAUCCUGAAAGUAAUUUAACAAUCGCUGUUGAUGAAGAAGAAAAAUGUCCCCGUCUAGAUAACGAUGUUGAGUUACACUUGUAUGCCAACCGACCUGAAAAUUUAACAAUUCGCGUGAGAGAAUUUGAAAUUAAUUUGAUUGAAAAAAUGACUUCAUCAAACUUCACAUGUGAAAUAAGUCAAAAUGGUAUUAUUGUAACUGCUUCAGGAGUACUGUGGGGUAUGAACUAUACACAUUUUUCGUGUAUGGGAGUACAGUUGAUCGAAAUAGCAGAACCCUAUAUCGUCCGGCUAAAAUACAAUGAUUUGUAUUUCGAUAAUGAGGCGACCUUAAAUGUAUACACAUGUGGUAGUUUCCAUAACAACAAAAACUGUGGCAAAUCACAAUUCGUUAAGAACUGUCAUUGGAAUAACAGUUGUUGUAUUGAUAUAAGAUCUGGAAUGUGCAGUCAAAAUAAAGACACAGUUACAGUCAAAAAGAUUUAUCCUGUGAGUGGACCAGUCAAAGGAGGGACAUCAAUAAUUGUAUCUGUCAAUAACGAAGACGAUGAGCCGGAUUAUUUUUUCAUUGAUGGAGCUGAAUGCACCGACAUUACAGAAGAAAAGGACGAUAAGGACGAUUUUACUAAACCCAGAAGUAGAGUUAAUGCCACAUUAGAAGAGGAAGACAGUUCCAGGUUCAGUUGUAUAACUGGAGAAGUUUCAGAACCGAAUAAUGGCAAAAUAAACAUGUCAUUUAAAGGUCGUCCAAGCCCUAUCGUGAAAAAUACAUAUUUUACAUACAAGGUUCCAGGUGACAUCCAUGAUUUUCAUCCUAUGAAGGGAAUUUUAGCUGGAAAUACAACCAUUACCAUAACAGGCCAAAAUAUUACGUUUGAAGGACCAGACCGAUACACCAUAGAUUUCUGUGAUAGAUAUAACGUUAUCUGCAUAGAAUGCAGCAUUUUUGAUAGUGUAAAUAUGAAUGAUUCCAAAAUAAUGUGCAAAACUGGGGAAUCAAAUGAAACUCGUAACUUGACACAGUUGGUGGUUGUUAUAGAUACGUUGACAACAUUACGACUGAAUAGAACAUUUCAGUAUUUACCGGAUCCAACAUUUGAUAUUUCGAAUGAAACUUUAAAAGCUAUAGAGAGUGGAGGCGCUAAAUUUACAAUCAAUGGUGAUGGUUUCAAAAACGUUGGACAGAUAACUGUCGAAAGAGUGGAUGAGCCUUGUGAAGUACCUUCUGAUAAGCAAGCUGUUUGCCAAACACCUGAAAAAUUACUAAAUCAGCCAAAUGUCCAAACUGUUAUUGUUAAUUUUGACGGAAUAGCACGUACUUUUGAGAUUAAUUAUGUUGAUGAUCCUUCUUUCGAAAGGUUCGAUGGUGUAGUUGAUUAUGACAAAGAAUCUCCCAUUACAAUCAAGGGUAAAAAUAUUUUAAAUGGAGCUGGAAUCGGAGAUUACAACAUACAAGUUGGUUUGGACGGAAAAUGUCUCCUCGAAUCUGAUUCUGACAUAACAAUGAAUUAUAUCAAGUGUGUUCCACCAAAAAACGUUCCUCGAACAAAUAAGUCAGAAGUAAAUACAGUUCAUGUAAUUGUUGGGGUUGGUAGGAUAGAGGUAUAUAUUGGUGACUUACAGUACCAGGAAGACGUAAACGUAUUAGCAAUUAUAGUUGGUGUUUUAGCCGCUGCAUUGGUAACUGCUGUUAUAAUUGGCAUAUUUGCUGUUGUGGUUUUAAGAAAGAAUAAGAGAAAAACUAUCAAGGAAUUCAAAAUGGAACUUAUGACACGUGAAGAAUUGGUACGAAAAACUAGCAGAGAAGAAUUUGCGGAUGCUCAGAUGACAAUGAGAAGUAUCAAAUCUGAACUUUUCACCUCAAAGGUGCCAUUUUGUGACUACCAGACGUAUGUUUUUCGUCAGCUCUUUCCAAACCAAGAUAUAACAACCAAUCCUUUACUCCACGAUUUAGAGGUAUCGCAUGAAAGAAAAGUCGGAACUAAGACUGCGAUUGACAAUUUUGAAAUUUUAUUGUCGAAUAAACUUUUUCUGAAGUCACUAGUUCAAACAUUGGACCGUCCAAAUAUGCUGACAAUUCAAGAAAAAGCACAUUUUUCAUCAGUUCUUUCAAUUUCUUUGAUGGGAAAUAUGAGACUCUUCUUCGAUUUGAUAGAGUGUCUAAUGGUUGAUAGGAUUCGGUCAGCUACUAAAAAGCAACACAAAGUUUUAUUUAGAAGGUUUGAAUCUAUCACUCUGAGAUUGAUGGCAAACUGGUUACAGAUAGGACUUUAUGGACAAUUAACGUCUCAUUGUGGAAUGCAACUGUUCAUGAUGUACAAAGCAGUGAAGACAAUUGUUGAAAUGGCACCAAUUGACGCACUCACUUCUAAUUCAAAGAACACUAUCGCAGAGGAAAAACUACUAAAAAUGAGGAUUGAACAUCAAUCUCUUACAUUGCAAAUAGAUUUGAAUGGAAAUAGUGACCAGCGUUAUCCUGUUAAAGUUCUAGACUGUGAUACAAUAUCACAGGUGAAACAGAAGUGUUGUGAACAGAUUUAUAAGAAUAAACCUUCCUUGAAAAUACCACACAAUGAUGAACUUUCUAUAGAGUGGCAAGAAGGGAGAGCUGGAAAACUUACACUCAAUGAUAUAGACAACACCAGUGAAAGAAACAAUGGAUGGGUAUUUCUGAAUACCUUAAAACAUUAUAUGGUUAAAGACAACAGUAGAAUGGCACUGAUAUACAAGCAACAUGACGACCAGAAUGUCAACGUGAAUUCGACAGCGUUCCAGGAAGAAAGUCUUAUGUCAGAAGAUAUUACUUUACUCAUGCCAGAAAACAUCGAAUGUGCGGAACUAGAUGGCCAAAAGUGGCACCUGGAAACAGAUUUGGUGAGUAAAUCAUGUAUACUCUUUAUUCGCUGGACAAAAAUGUUAAGGAUCGUUUCCAUUUCGAAUGAUGUUAUUAUUUGACUUCCUGUGAAAACCCAAUCAUCCCAUUAUUUGGUAACUUCGUUGGAAGUAUUUUAGUUAUCAUACCGACAAUUUCCCGUAUUUUUGUCAUUUUUAAAAUAUAAAUUUGAAUAUCUGAAAAUUACAUGUUUCAUAUAUUUGUCAUUCCGUCAAUGAACCUUUUGUCAUUUGUUAUAUACUUAACAACACGUCAGUUGAAGAAAAAAGAAAAAAAUCUUCAUUUAUCGGUAUUCUAUAUUAUGCUAAUUCUUCAUGGUAACUGCAAGAAACUACAAUAUUAGUUCUACCCAAUCAUGCAAAUGAUUUCUUACAGCAUUUUACUUCAAGAACAGUUUAUUUUGUCUUGCUGUAUACAAUAUUGAUGUUUGAAAUAAUAUGUCUAAUAAUGGAUCUAGCUUGGUUAUUUUGCGCUUCAUACCCGAUUUUUCAUUUUGCUUUAACAAUGACACGAUGACAAUGAUUUACAAAAUUACAUCCUUGUUCUUAUCUUUGAUAUGUAAUUCAGAAGGUUUUAUCCUUUUUAUCAUGUGGCCCUUCAUUAUCAAUGUCGACAAAAGACCAAUCACACACCAAUUAAAAGAAAAAUAGACAACACCAUUGCCAAAGAGAAAGUGACGAAAAGAUAAACAAACAUAGUCCACAGAACACUUCACUGAAAACUAAGUAUUGCGCAACACUUUUACUACCCCAAAACACGGGACCGAAUUCAGAAUCAUAAAAGGGUAAGUAGCUCCUGCUUCACUUUCACUAUUGAACGCUGUCCUGUUGCUCUCGGCGAGUAAAAAAUCGGAAAUAAGUUGUAUUUGGUUGUGAAAUGAGAAACUACGAUAUUUACUCAUGCGUCUCUGUUAAUAACUUCAUAUAUUUGAGACUGAGAUUAAUGUUUAAACAAUCUCCUGGAUAAAUCUGCUUCAUACGAAUAGGGAAAGUAACAUGCAUUGAAUAUUCGUAAUUAGUUUACAAAAACAUCAUCAUUUCUUUUUAUCAUAAUAUCAAGCAGUAAUUUAUCGGUCUGGUUUAACUUUUUUUAUUUGAGCCUUCUGUAGACGAGGAGACGCGCGUCUGUAAUACACAAUUUUAGGCCUGGUAUCUAUGAUGAGUUUAUUUUAAAAAAAAUGCCUAUUUUAAAUUCACAACGAAUACUUUUUAUCAUUAGGCAUAUAUCUUGCUUUAUUCUUUUUCUUUUCUUGAAUUGUUUCUUAUUUUAUCAUCUUGUUAACAAUAAAAUUUUAUAACAGAAAAACGAUGUUCCGUAUAUUGAGUACAAACUUUAUUUUAUUUGGUACUCUUUGAGCUAUUAUCAUCUGUAUUGUGUUUGGGUGUGGUUCUAUCAACUUUAAAUCUACUAAGCGACAUUACAUAUAAUGUAUUUUCUAGUCAAACUUACCAGGUGGACAGUCUAAUACAGAUGCAGACUUUGGUGAUAUCUUCCUGAAUAGAUUAUUUCUUACCAAGUUGCUACUUUCAGAAUGCAUUGAUACUACUUUUGAGAGUUUAAUAGAUCCACAAUCAUUAUCCAUACCAAUUCGAUACUUCAUCGGUAUGUUGGAUAAACUUGGAAAAACCUAUGGAGUAGAACAAGACGUUCUGCAGUCAUGGAAAAAUGAAUGCUAUGCUACACGAGUUUGGGCUCCACUGAUCGGUAAACCAAAUAUAUUGUUUGAUGUUAGUGUGCCUGCUUAUGUUGAACCAUGCAUGGACAUUCUAAGACAAGUCUUUGUGGAAAGUUUUACCGAAACAGCCCACAAAGUCAAUAAGGAAUCACCACCGCAGAAACUAUUGUUUCAUAAAGAUAUACCAAGAUACAGAAGGCUUAUUAGUCCUUUUUUCAUCCGUUUGGAACCAGUGACUGAUAAAGAAUUCUGUACUGAAAUGGACGAAAUCUCAGAUAAACAGAAAUUGGAACUAAGGUUCAAUCGACAGUCUACCGUUCAACAGCUGUAUAAUUUAUUUAUUCGGAAAAACAAGAGUCAAAUCAUAAAUGAUUUGGAGGAGAUGGAAGAAGCUACAGACCUUCAACUUGCAAGUAAACUUGAGGAAGUCAUAAAAUUGAUGGAUGAAUCUUCUGUCACUUUUUAAAUGGUGUACUUCCUAUUACACAGAGACUGUAAAUAAAUAAAGCACUUUUUAAAAAAGGAUACCGUGAAUAUGUGAAUUUUACCACAUAUACUGUAAAUGGUUGAAGAACUUAUUUCUCACAUGAGAGAAAUUAUUAAUCUUAAAGGAGUAUUUCACAUAAAACUGUUUAUUUUAGAUUUAUUUAUGACAAUUGUAGCUUCUUUAAGAUAAAGUUUAAAAUUUCUUGAUGAAUUUAAGUUAUAGAAAAAAAAGGUGAAGCAACACAAUUGUACAAUUGCCAACAAACAAUAGAUGAAGUCAUAUAUGGAUGGUUUAGAUAGGUUUAAAAAAUAGAGAAUAAUGAUCCAACAAAAUAAGAAUAGAGAAAAAAUAUUUAAGAAAUUAAAAUUCACAGAAAUGAAGGACCCCUCGUCCUGCUGAUCGUCGUAUAUUUGAUGAGAGUUAUUUUAUUUAAAUGAAGGUCUUCAAUAAUUUACUCAAAUGAUAAACUAACUUUCAAAUUUUCAAUUUCAUUAUACUCUGAGUACAGAACGUACACAUAUACAUACUGUUUAGUGUCUUAUUUUCAUUUUAUCAAUUUGUUCUUGCUCCUAUUCAUACGAUCUUACAAUAACAAUGUUCCUCCAUUCUUAUUUUUUACCUGAGGGCAGAAAUUCCACGCAUACACUCUACUGUUACUGUAACUAACUUAAAGUAAUUUGAAACAUUAAAGAAAUUUUCAUUUACUAAAAACAAAAUUAAUCACCAAAAUAUAGAAAACAGAUAAAAUUAGGGACCAAUGACCAAAGUGCCUGUGAGUUAAACAGUUAACAUCUCGUUAAACAAUUCAUUUAGAUAUUUCUUUAAGUUAUUAUUUAGUCGACAUAUUGUGUUUCGAAAGGACAGAUAAAAAAUUACCACGUAAAACUGUUUUAACUAUGCUUUUAACUUGGAGUAAAAUUCAAUUUAAACAAUGUUUCAUGUAACACUAAUUACCAUGUGAUUGAAUAAGUCAAAAUUUCAUUUUUAAAAACUCUUCAUUUCGUGACACCUUGACGGAUAAUACCUUAUGCAGUUAUAGUAAAAGCGACUUUUCAACUUUCAACGUGUUCAUAAUCCGGACCAUAUGAGUUUAUACGCAUAUGGUCAUGACCAUAUACUCAUAGUUCAAAUACACAUAUGUUACAGUGUAUAUUUAGAAUAGUUGAUUUUGCAAAAUCCCCUUGAGAUCUUGAAUUGAUUACGGAAUUUAUACGAUCAGUUACUAGGGAUGUUAUAAAAUCACUGAAAUAGUUGGAAACGUAUUUAAAGAUUCACUAGUUUAAUUCUAUGAAUUUAGAAAAAAAAGUAUUUCGCUCCUUGUAACUAACAUGUUUGAUUAAGUACCAGGCUCUGGUCUCUGGUUUCCAGACAUUGAUAUAGCAGGUUUAUUGAACACCAAAUCGAUAGGAAUGAGGCUUACCGUUAAGGUCAAAGUGGAUUCAUAGAGGGUUUUGUUUUGGUUCAUGUUUGUCUUUUCGUCAUUUUUUUUUUAUUUUCGACCAUGGCGUUGUCUGUAUUUUUUUUUGGAAUUAUGAUUUUCGAUUGCCCUUUCAGUGUCUUCUCUUUCUUUUGAAAAAAGAUGGUUCAAUCUUAUUCUUUUUAUUUUGAAAAAGAUACAUUCUUCUCCAUUUAUAUUGUUUAAACAGCUAAUCAGGGAUUUCAUCAAAAUCAACAUCAAUAUAUUUUAGUGAUUUUAUAAAAUUCCUGACAAUUUCAUGUAAAACUUCAUGUAAUUUUUCAGAAUCUCUCAAUAUUACAGGGAUUUUACAAAAUCCCUUAUUUUACGCAUUCACUUUAACAUAUUUAUCAAUUUGUUCAAGUUGAUGACGUUACCGAAGAGUGUUGAUAUUAAUGAAUAUCAUAUUGAAACAAAAUGUGAAAAACUAUUUAAGUAUGUUAAGAUGAAUUAGUCUUAUCAAACUUGAUAAUUAUGCAAAAAAUAAAAAAAACCACAUACAUGUAUAUGAUGAAUAUGAUGAAUAUUGUGUUAUUCAAUGUUAAAAAAAAUUGAAUACCUUACAAAUAAAACGUUAUAUGUAUAUGAUAAAUAUUGUUUAUUUAAUUAAUAAUGAAAUGGAAAAUUGUGCAAAUAAAAAAGGUAUUAAUAUGA